UUGGAUGUGAAUCCUGGCACAAGGGUCACGGUAGACGGGAACGUGAAUGUACCGAUACUUGGAUGGGGAAUCUGGGAUUACAAGGGUGGAAUAAAAGUUGGACGGGCAAAUACCAGAGUUGGCUUUGGCUCCUUACAGCGACCUACGAAUGUCCUUGGUAUCAGCCCUGAUACACUAGCCACCUUGGCCAAGGAUGGAAAUUUCAAUCAAGCACGACAAAACGUCCCAUCUAUACCAGUCUCGGUCCUGCCUGGAAAUUUUGUUCCACUACGUUGUAAACCUCCAUUCUGUAAUCCAUUCGUACACAACACAGCUUUUGGUGUUGAUGUCGAACCUGGAGAUGAUUAUCUCUUCGAUGGUGGCCUUGAUUUCCCGAUUCCUCUCGGGCCCUCGGGCGUGGGUGUACGAUUCCCACUCAGUGGUAAGUAA